CCCUGUAUGAAUGUGUGCGUGGGAGUUCCUCCUUUCUCCAUUCCGGGGUGUCGCCACACCACGGAGAGUACUGAGGGAGUCCUGCGAAGAGACCGCCUAGUCCCCUCCAGGCCUCUUCACACCUCUCCACUCCUUCAUCCAGCCACACACGGUGCCCCGGCAUGCCCCAGAAGACAGGUAUCCGCUCUUUAUUUCCUCAGAGAACCGCCGCAGACCUCCCCGGCCGCCCUGUUUGAAAGAUUACGGAGACACCGAGGGAUGCUACUGCAGCAAACGCACCCCGCACCGCGAAAAUUCUCGACGUCUGCCGGAGGAACAUAAACAUUUGGUUGGCCCUUGACCGAAGCCCCUGAGGAUGUCCGACAGCGGUGGGAACAUGAACUCCGACGAUCGGCCGGUUAAAACGGUCCCCUUCCCUCUGAGCCACAGGCUCUCCAUGAAGGAAGUGUUUGACUGUGAGGGGAAGCCUAGAGUAGACCUGCUAAAAGCCCACCUCACCAAGGAGGGCCGUCUGGAGGAGGUGGUGGCCCUACGCAUCAUCAAUGAGGGAGCCGCCAUCCUGUGCCAGGAGAGGACCAUGCUGGAUAUAGAAGCCCCAGUCACAGUGUGUGGAGACGUCCAUGGUCAGUUCUUUGACCUGAUGAAGCUGUUUGAGGUAGGUGGUUCCCCCGCGACGACACGCUACCUCUUCCUAGGGGACUACGUGGACCGGGGUUACUUCAGUAUUGAGUGUGUGUUGUAUCUGUGGUCGUUGAAAAUCCUCUACCCGAAGACGUUAUUUCUUCUACGGGGAAACCAUGAAUGUAGACACCUGACAGAAUAUUUCACUUUCAAAACUGAAUGUAAGAUAAAGUACUCUGAGCAGGUGUAUGACUCGUGUAUGGAUGCGUUUGACUGCUUGCCGCUGGCUGCUCUGAUGAAUCAGCAGUUCCUGUGUGUCCAUGGAGGGCUCUCGCCAGAGAUCCACACGCUCGACGACAUCAAAAAGUUGGACAGGUUCAAGGAGCCUCCAGCUUUCGGGCCCAUGUGUGACCUGCUGUGGGCCGACCCACUCGAAGACUUUGGCAACGAGAAGACGCAAGAGUACUUUGGCCACAACACAGUCAGAGGCUGCUCCUACUUCUACAGGUAA